UUUCCUUCUUGACCAACUCUGAUAUAUAGUCUGAUCACCGGGCGCAAACAUAGAUUUGCAAUAAUCAAAAUGGGUGAAAACAAAGAAUCGCAAGUUUUGAAGGUAGCAUUCUACCCUUGGUUUGCACUUGGCCACCUUACUUCGUUCCUUCGCUUAGCCAACAAACUUGCUGAAAGAGGUCACCAAGUCUCAUAUUUUCUGCCGAAGAAAACACAACUUAAAUUAGCUUCUCAAAACCACUUCCCAGACCACCUCACAUUCAUCCCCAUCACCGUUCCAUCCGUAGACGGCCUUCCUCCUGGGGCCGAGACGACAAACGAUGUAUCCUUGUCGGGUGCGCACCUUAUCAUGGCUGCCAUGGACAUGACUCGUGAUACUAUUGAUGCCCAUCUAGCCCUUCUCAAGCCCGACUUUGUUUUCUAUGAUUUCGCUUAUUGGAUGCCUCAACUGGCUCGGAAACAUGGGAUCAAAUCAGUGCACUACAUCACUGGAUUAAUAGCAAGAUAUACUCUUGCUUUCUCCGGUAUCACAGGGGCGUAUCCACCCGAUCUCUCGUCCCCAAUUUUUCAGAUGCGUGCCCAUGAGAUGAAGGUUAUGGAGCAUAUAAGUGAUAAACCAUUCGCAACCGGAGGUGUAACGUUGCCGGAGAUGUUCAGGAUAUCGUUCGAAGAAUGUGAUGCUAUCGGAGUCAAGACUUGUAAGGAAAUGGAAGGAAUUUACUGUGAGUUUGCUGAGAAGACGUUAGAUAAACCUGUGCUUUUAGCAGGGCCUGUUGUUCCAAAACUACCAUCUUCUAAACUUGAUGACUAUUUUGAUGCCUGGCUAAGUACUUUUGGUUCUGGUACUGUUAUAUUUUGUGCUCUUGGAAGUGAAUGUAUUCUUGAACAAAACCAGUUUCAAGAUAUUCUUCUUGGACUCGAGCUCACAGGUAAGCCAUUUUUGGCGGCCCUGAAGCCGCCCAAGAAUUGCAAAAGUUUAGAGUCGGGUUUACCAGAAGGAUUCAAUGAGAGAGUAAGAGGAAGAGGAAUGAUCCAUGGAGGUUGGGUGCAGCAACAACUGAUCUUACAACAUCCAUCAGUGGGAUGUUUCAUAACUCAUUGUGGGGUUGGAUCUCUAUCAGAAGCUAUGGUAAGCCAAUGUCAAGUGGUACUUAUGCCUCAAGCAGUCGAUCAAUUCAUGAAUGCGAGGCAAAUGAGUUUAGAAUUGAAGAUCGGAGUCGAGGUCGAGUCCACAGAGACUGAUGGUUUUUUCACUAGGGAAGCCGUCUGUAAGGCGGUCUCCCUUGUGAUGGAUGAACAAAGUGAAGUUGCGAGAGAAGUGAAGGCAAAUCAUGCUAGAUGGAGAGAUUUUAUUUUAACCGAAGGUCUUGAGGACUCUUAUAUUAGUAGCUUCAUUCAGAAUCUACAACACUUGCUUCAGAUGAACUGAUCAACAUAUACGUUCUCUUAUUAUUACUCAACUUGUUCCAUUUAGCCCAAUACUCAAUUAUCAUAGAAAAGGAAGGGGGGAAGACACAAGACAUAUUCCUUCCCGGUUUUAGUUGUUGCUACAAUUUCUUUCUUUUCAUCCAUUUUCGUUUAUAACUUAUAACCUAUGUAAUAGUCUAUACUAAUAAGUAAUAAAGGUAUUUAUACAAAUAUAUUAAAAGAA